GUAGCUUUUCCGCCUCUGCAGGACCUCCAAGGUUCCAAUUCGUCUUACACAGAGCUCCAAGCACAUCAGCUACAGCUAGAAGGCACAAAACACCAACAAUGUCGUCCCGCUCACAGCUCUUCCGCGCCCUGAGGGCACCCACCCGCAGCACCAGAAACUGUCUGUCAGCUACAAGAACGAGAGGAGGCCUCGCCGUCGCUGCUACUGCUCGCGCUGCUCAACCCGUUCGAUGCAUUGCGACCUCAGCCCCGAGGCUCGUCGUCUCUCCGACCCAGCCUUGCCGGGCUAAGCUGACGGCCGAGACCUACCCGGACCUGGAGCGCGACGCCCGCUUCGCCCAGGUCACUCCCGAGCACGUCGCCCGCUUUCGCGAGAUCCUGGGCAACAACCCCUCGGCCGUUAUCGACGGAGUCACGGAUGGAGGCGCUGCCAUUGACGAAGCCGACCUUGAGCCCUUCAACGAGGAUUGGAUGCACAAGUACCGUGGCCAGGCCAGGCUCGUCCUCCGACCGUCCUCCACCGAAGAGGUCAGCGGUAUCCUCAAGUACUGCAACGAGCAGCGUCUCGCAGUCGUUCCCCAAGGUGGAAAUACGGGACUUGUGGGAGGCUCCAUCCCCGUCUUUGACGAGAUCGUCAUUAGCAUGGCCCGUAUGAACGAGAUCCGCUCCUUUGACGAGGUCAGUGGCUCCCUCGUCAUCGACGCCGGCUGCAUCCUCGAGGCCGUCGACUCGUACCUUGCCCAAAGGGGAUAUAUCUUUCCUCUCGAUCUUGGCGCCAAGGGGUCGUGCCACGUCGGUGGUAACGUCGCCACCAAUGCCGGAGGCCUGCGAUUGCUGCGUUAUGGCAGCUUGCACGGCACUGUCCUCGGUGUUGAGGCCGUCCUUCCCGACGGUACCGUCAUCAACGACCUGUGCACCCUGCGCAAGAACAACACUGGCUACGACGUCAAGCAGCUCUUUAUCGGUGCCGAAGGGACUUUGGGUAUUAUCACAAAGAUCGCUAUCCAGUGCCCUCAGCGAUCCCCAGCGGUGAAUGUUGCCGUCUUUGGAAUCGAGUCGUAUGAGAAGGCUCAGCUCGCCUUCCGUGAGGCUAAGAAGCAGCUGUCCGAGAUCCUAUCAGCGUUCGAGCUCAUGGACGGCCGCAGCCAGAGGAUCGUGUCCGAGGUCAAGGGCCAGGAGCACCCCCUCGAGGGCGAGCACCCCUUUUACUGCCUCAUUGAAACGAGCGGUUCCAACGGUGAGCACGACUAUGCCAAACUCGAGGCCUUCCUCGAGGACGUCAUGACUCGCGAGGUGAUUGCCGAUGGUGUAGUGGCUCAGGACGAGACCCAGCUGCGCAACCUGUGGGGGUGGCGAGAGGGCAUCACUGAAUGCCUGGGCCACUGGGGAGGCGUAUACAAGUAUGACAUCUCGAUCCCCCUCACCGAGAUGUACAGCCUUGUCGAGGACACCAAGGCCCGGAUGACUGACGCGGGUCUUUUGGGCGAUACCCCUGACCAUCCCGUUGUGGCUGUCCUGGGCUACGGCCACAUGGGAGAUGCCAAUCUUCACCUCAACAUCCCCGUGCGCCGCUACGACCCUGCUGUCGAAAAGGUCCUCGAGCCCUGGGUGUACGAGUGGAUCCAGAAGCGCAACGGCAGCAUCAGCGCCGAGCACGGUCUAGGAAUAGCCAAGAAGAAGUAUAUCGGCUACAGCCGAGACGAAACCACCAUUGGUCUGAUGAAGCAGAUCAAGAAGCUCUUUGACCCUCCAACCAGCAGCCAUAUCGGCCAUCCCCUUGCACACCUCCUGGUCAGCCUUAUGGGGCUGACGGCGCUAGAAGCACCUUUUCUCCACAGCGCCCCGAUGCCCAAUGCCGCCGCUAUGCCAAAGUUCCCGGGGCAUGAAGCCAAGACCAUCUCCUCGUUUUCGAACGACUUAGCUCGAACGCACACUUUAACAGCCCUUUCGAUCCAGACUCUGCGCAUCCAAUUCCGACAUCCAGACAGCAUGGUUGGUGUUCCAGGCAAGUAUAAGGGCUGCGAGACUUGCCGAAGAAGGAGAGUCAAGUGCAGUAAUGAACGGCCAUACUGCCAAAAAUGCAUAUCCAGCGGUAGGCAAUGUGAAGGGUACGAGAGAGAACGUGUCUUCAUCACCGGAACACCCGAGAACAAGGGUCGGGUCGCCUCGCACCCCAAAAAGGGAUCUUCGUCCAAAAAACCAAAGUCCUCGGCAGGCGAGAGUUCCUCCACGCUCAAUCUGACACCGCUUCCUCCUCUCGCUUCGGCCUGGGAUGACCACACACUUGUGUCGAACCAAGGCGUCGAGUAUUCGGUCCUUAUCAGCGCAUUGCACACUGGGCCUCCAACCGUCUUACGGGACAGUUCAGGUCAAUAUGACUCUGCAGGAUUCCACAUCAUGUUUCCCCCAUACACCCCUAUGGAGCUGCAGCAGUCCCUGAGUCAAAGAGACUUUCAUGUUAGAGCGCAAUGCCUAGCGCGUCUGCCUGGCGUCGACGAGCCAGAUGACUCUGCAGAGAGCUAUUGCAUCUUCUUCUUCGAGCACGACUCACCACACGCAUUUAGCGAGUCUGGACCACAUCAGAUGUGGAAUAUGGGUCCAGCUUACUUCAGCCAUUUCCCAAACCACCACUACUUUGUUCGAGUGUAUCGACCCUUGGCUGUAAACUGGAAAACCAUCCCGUGGCAGAGGCAUCCGAAAUGUUCUUUGGACCAGUUAUUGGACCUCAUUCUCUUCAUGCCCACAAUACUCGAACAGGUGGACCAGGUUGUGCCAUUAGAGGCUACCCUCAGCCGACGUUAUCGCGCUCAACAACUUCUUCAGGACUGUCUCUCACUUGAGGGACAUUUUGGUGCUUGGCUCCAGUUUGCCGUCCGACCCACUGAAGGAUAUCCUGCGCCCUACUGGGAAGAGGAGUUGACGAGCCCCGGUGGCUUUAUUCCAUUUUCCAACUCCUAUUCCUUCAGGGAUGGAAACACAGGCCUGACUUUCCUGUACUAUUGGAUGGCACAGAUCCUGCUUCACCAAUGUAUCGAGAGCCUGCACAGAGCCAUCUGUCAGCCCGUCAUCGAUGCGUACCCCAAUAUGUGGCCCGAUUUGCCACCUGACCUUCAAAUCGACAUAUCGAGGUACCAGCAUGGCCGUGUAUUUGCUGCAGAUAUUUGCCGUGGGCUUGACUCGGUCCUCGACAACACGGUGCAGCCGGAUAUGCUAAUAACACCAAUGACGGUAGCAAUAGAUUUGUACAGAGAAAUCAAUGCAACAUCGCAGGACGGCCUGAUGGAGAUAAUGUGGCUGGACAACUUUCGCUCGAGGCUGGUGGAAAAGGGACAGCAUGUUGCUGGUGUCCUGCAGAGACAAAGAUGGGCCGUAGUUGCGAGCUUUUGA